AUUUUCAAUCAUCUUUCAAUGGGCAUGUUUUCAGUUGAAUUAUCCUUUAAAGAAACUAGAAUGAUGUGUAUGGGAAGUUGCACCAAACUACAUUUAGGCUACUAAUAUGGUGAAUGUGAUUGAGGCUGAUGAAUAUGGAGAAAAGUCAUGUUUUCUUGGUCAUGUGGAGGGUGCUUUUAGAAAGUGGAAAAAAGUGCCCUUGGCGUGCAUCACGCUCUCCACAGCAUUGCCGGUGUUCUUCCGAACACCACUGGAGAACGUGGAGGGGGAGGUGGGCGCUAGUGCCAACCUUCGCUGUGAGGUCACCAAGCCUGGCGCUGAGGUGCACUGGAUGCGUGCGGGCCAGCCCCUCGAGUCCAGUGGGAAGUACCAGGUGAAGCAGGAGGGUGUCGUGGUGGAGCUGGUCGUCUACAACCUGCAGGUGGCAGACUCUGGAGAAUACACCUGCGACACUGGGGACCACACCACGUCGGCCAGGCUGUCCGUGCAGGAGCUGGAGGUCACCAUAGUUCAGGGCUUAGAGGACCGCAUGGUGCGUGAGGAAGACGACGUGCGGUUUGAGUGCCACAUCUCCCAUGACAACGCUCCUCAGGUCCAGUGGAUGCUGCAGGGCGUACCACUGCAAAAUAAUGAGAUGAACUUGAUCGAGGUGGAGGGCAAAGUGCACACCCUUACUCUCCGCAAUGUCACCCAAGAAGAUUCGGGCACCAUUGCGUUUGCCAUGGGCGCCCACACGUCUUCUGCUCAGCUGAUGGUCACAGGUGAGGUGGCACUGUGACAGCCAUCAAAAUCUUGUCUGUUUGGUGCCACCUGAACUUUGAAGGCUUAAAAAUAUCCCCGGUCAAAGGUCCUUGGUUUGGGCCUUUGAUUAUUGAGAAAAUAGUCCCACGUAUUUUUUAAUGCUUGAAAAUCUUCUUUUUGGGCCUUGUACUUUACUUACUCUUAUGUCCAUCAACUGGCAGUGACUAGGGGUGGGUCAUUUGUCACCCCCCAGUGUUAGGGUUUUCUGUCCUGUUGCUUCAGAUGUUUUUUUUCCCCAUUUUAUGAUUUUUUUGACUUCAUGACACUAAAGAGGAAGCCUCCUUCAUUCUUC